AUGCGCGAUACAUUCCAAGACAUUUUCCAUGGUAACUUCUCGAGCGGAGUCGAGAGCCAAUAUGUGCUCGACGUCUUUGAAGAGUUCGACCAAGGUGACCCACCACGUGCUUCUCAGGACGAGUUCUUCUUGGACUACGAGUCAUUCCUUCCUAGCAACGAGGGACAACAGGAUCAGUGGCAGCAAGGGUCGCCAGUAACUCACGACAGUCAAGACUGGACCGAUGCUUUUGCUGCUACAGUUCCUCGCCGGUCUCCGCCUCCAGGAGAAUAUCUCGUUUCCGAGAACAACGACCAGGACGUCGCGUUGUCCGGCAGCUCAGAGGCCCUCACGAGCCAUGCCCGCUCGGGCAGCACUUUCCAGUCGUUGGAAGCCUCCGAUACACAAGAUGCAGGAUUGGCAGGAGAUGACUCUGUGAUUGCGGACAAAGCGCCCACAACAUUCAGGCGGCCUCGCAAGCAGAAUCAGUCCUGUGACCAAUGUCGACAUGGCAAACGCGCGUGCACUCUUCCAAGGGACAUUACUAUUCAGAUGCAAAAGCCUUUGGCGCCUUGCUCCACGUGCAAAGUUCGAGGCCUGGAAUGCACCGCCACAUGGCUGGAGAGCAAAAGAUCGAUGCAGGCUUCUCGAAAGCGAAGCAGAAAAUCCACGUCUCUGUGCGAAACGACUCAAACCACCGACGACUUGGCCUCUCGAUCAAAGCCAACAAAGUCCACAACGGGGGCGUUGCACGUCGGUAUCAUGGCUUCUUUAUCCGCCUCGAAUGUUGACCUGACGCGACAGUUCUCGGCCAGAGAAAUGUGUGCCCAGUACCUUAACCUCCAUAUUGACGUCUGCGAUAUGCCUAUGGCUCAUUCUCUGCUACAGGGAAGCAUGCCUGCACGGUACUCUUCUGGUUUGGCAGCUUUGACACCGCUAUGUUGCCCCGUCUCCAUGUGCCCUUAUAUGGAAAGGGCCGAAGAAUGGACGAGGAGCUGCUGGAACAUUGAUUUUGACUCACGGACUCUGGCCUCGGUCGGGCCACGCCUCUUCCGCACCGUUGGUGUGCUUGAUUCAAUUUUUGAGCAUCGGAGCGCUGGGAGUUGCUCGGCCUCGAUGGCUGCGCGGGACGCCUCGAUCAAUGAGGCAUACAAGUGGGUGGCGGCGGCCACGGCAACACAGUUCGCGAUCGCUGGAAAUGCCAGUAAUCACGGAAGAGAGACCCCAGCCAAAGUCCCUCGAUCAAAAAUCCGUGAUAUUGCCUAUACAACAUGGCUCACGGCCAGGCAGGUGCUGUUUGAGAACAUAUCAGCCAUGGGCUCCUUUCGUCUCGCGCUGUCACUGUUUCUCUUUGCCCUUGUUCAGCCACCAGAUGUGGGGAACCGCCGGGUCAAGUUCAACGAAGACGUCAAGUACGCCUUUUGUGAAGGAAACCGACGCCUUGAGACACUGUGCUCCCAAGCGCGGCUAUGUCUUCGCUACGGGGAAGACUCGUCCAUGCACUUCUGCCAUUGGAAUGUUCGCAAGUCUGUGCAGGGAUCUGAUCCAGCUCAUUCUUUAUCGUCCGACGUCAAGGAAAAUAUCUCAGAGUUGAUCGGGGCCGUCGAGUGGCUCGUUACCAUGACCAACGCCAUGCAGAUCGUGAUCUCCAACGGGGCAAUCGGUAGAUUACCCGGUCUGCCGCAUUCUGAUCAUUCUUCCCCUGAAUUUGGGUGCGAUGACAAUGUCCAAGAACAAGACAUGGACGUCCUCCAAGUGACACGACCAUGCGAAGAAGGCAUCCAAGAUCCUGCUGUGGAUGACCACCAGGGCGAGGAUCUCACCACGCUUUGCAAGAAAGGGGCAUUGGAAGAGUCAAUGCUUAAGACGAUGAGACGAUCGGCGUUCAUCGUCAUUCUCUUGUGGAAGACGCUGGCGCAUUUGGUCGUGGCUACCGACACUGUCGACGCCAGAGAUCUCGAUUGCACAAAGGUACGCAAGAUUUAUACAAGUGCAGUCACUCUGAUCCGCCUGUGGAGGUCAACCUUUGGGCCUUUUGACAGUAGCACGGUCAUGAGUUUUCGGACAUUACAGCCUGGCACGCGCGUAGCGAUUGCUUACUGCCUGAACGACGGCGACCUGGGAGUCCUAUAUUUCUACGACAUAGCACAGAGACUCAAGGCCAAACUUGCGGUGUCGCCUCGGAGCUCCACAAUGGAGGCUCUGGCUGAAUAAUUGCGGUCGACAAGUACUUUUCGCACCAAGGAGCGGAUCGCCAGUGCCACUCAGAUUUCUCACCAGUCGUCCGGUAGCAAGGACACGUUUAGUCCGGGCUUUGAAGGGACGCAAGGGUUGAAAGCUCACAUCCAAGACAUUGCUGCGCAUCCUUGUCCGGCUCUGGUAGUGCAAGCACACAAGCUCGCUGCGAAGGCUUUCGCGGAUGACUUGCACCCGUUGAUUGCACGCAAGGACUGGAACCGGGGCUCGAGGAUGAUAGAAGGCUUCCACACCUGUAUGGACGGCCUCCAGGAGCUUCAACAGACGUUGGUCACCUUGCCAGAUUGGAGAGACGAUGAAAACGAUUAAGUAUCGAUCAUUCGGCGGUCAACGUUCAGCCCAACGGAAUCCCGAGUCCACCUUGCGUCUUCCGGUCAACGAACUCGUCAGGCUCGGCGUGUUGCCCGCUCUCCCUUCUCGGAUACCCAUAGACGGCGGCUCCUCACACUCUGGUGUGAUGGCUUCAGGUUGCCUGCCCAGAAUUGCUCAAAGUGCCGCCGAGAGCACCAUCAUUCCCCUGCACCUUUCCCUUCUCCUCUUCCGCUCCUGAGCUCCUAUGUCAAGUCGAGCACGACUCUACCCUGAAGUCUGCCUUGCUCCAUGUCUCGAAAGAUACUAGUGAGAGCUUCCAUGGGCUCAAUUCGGAUGCUCGCCUUCAGCGUUCCGCGGGCCGCAAAUUCGAGGGCUUCGAUGGACUCUUGACGAGUACCAACCGCAGAGCCUGUGAUGGUGUAGUGAUUCGCAAUCAGGCUCCCCGGGCUUGCCGAAGCGAUGGCCUGCUCGCCACCCUCGGGCAUGCCCACACAAACCAUCGUGCCAUUGAAGCGCAGAAACCGUAGCCCCUGUGCGUACGCCUCGUUGGAGGCCGUGCAUACAAUGACUGCGGGAGCACCGAGUCCGUCGCACAGAG